AUGAUUGGAAUGGUCAAUGUCCAGUGUGACACUCCCCUUGAUUAUUAUGCCUCGGCGCCGUCCCGCAAAGAGUCGGUCCGUGUGAGGAAUGAGAGCGACACUACUCAUGGUGGGUUUUUGGCGAUUUUUUGAGCUUCAAAAUGGUAUAGGAUACGGUAGGGUUAUUGUAGGAAUCGGUUAGGAAAAUGUCAAUUUUUCGCAGUUUUUGUCACUUUGUAGAAAGUUGCUUCAAUGUCCUUUUAUGGUUCUCAGCGUAGGUUUUACAGCUUUCAGAGAGAUCUAGCAUACUGUAGGGAUACGGUAACGUAAAAUUCUCGAAGCUUCUAAUCGAAUAUUACCAAAGAAGCAGCUUUUUUUUUGGUUGAAAGCUUUGAAUAUACAAUUUUUGCAUAACUUGCCGAGUUUCCAUUACGUUGAUUUCAAUUUUAAUUAAUUUACAAUUUGUUUGAAACAUUGAAAUAAUGGGUUGACUGGAGCGAAUUUGCUCAAUUUCGCUAUUUUUUUUAGAAUUUUUUUCUUUAAAAAAAUUCAAUGUUUGGCUCAGUUUUUCAUUUAUUUCUUUAUUUUGGGAGUCAGAAUGGGAAGAGAAUUCUUUUAAAAAAUUUUUAUCAGUAGAGCGAAUUAUCUCAUGAUUUUUUCCAAGAGCUUUUUUCGAAUUUUCAAAAACGGAAAAUCUUAAUUUUACUGGAAGUAACUCGGUAGAACGAGUAAGACUUCAUUGGAGCGAUCUUGCUCAAAAAAACAAUAUUUUUAUAAGCUUAUUUUCAGCUUCUUUCUCACGAGGUUUUUUCGAAAAUCCCUUUUUUCAGUCCGAACCCCCUCGGUAGCGAAAAGAACUCCAUCAUGGAGGCCACUUUUCACGGGUCAGGCCAAGUCGAAAAAAGCCCAGACCCGAUAUCUUGACGACGGCCGGAAAAUCGUCGACGGCCGCUCCAACAACGAAGAGGUACCUGUUUCAGGAUUUAAAAAAGGAGAUAACUCUGGGAAUUCCCAUAAAAGGAAGUCUUGAGAAAAAAGUGAUAAGAUAAUCACUCACGUGGUCUUUCCCUUAAUCGGCCGUGACAUCAAUGAACUCGGAGAGUUUAAGGAAAAUUUCCCCCCGAGAGGCAAAUUUGUUCUUGAUGUUUUGAUAAUGGGUGAAAAGUGUGCUCCAUUGAGAAUUCUUUUUUUUUUUUAAAGAAUUGAUAUUUUUGAAAAAAAAAAGAUCAAUUUGUCAUUGGGGCGCAGAUUCAUACGGUUUUCAAGCCUGCUAGAGGUUAUAAAAAAAUAUAUAUUGAAGUAGGCUCACUUUUGAUGAAAUCUUUAGUUUUUCUCAACAGAGCGCAGAUGGGCAAGAUUUUUUUAAGCUUCUGAAAAAAAUUUUUUUGGUGAAAAAAAUUUGUUUUUCCACUUCGUAACGUUAUUAUAAUAAAUAGAUGAUAAAGUUCUGAUUUAUGUUGAAAACCUAGAUUUUGUCGAAAAAUUGUAGUUUUUCUCAAUAAAGCGCAGAUGUGCGGGAAUUUCGAGCUUCUGAACUUUUUUUGUCUUUUUUCCAGUUCGUAACUUUACUAUAGUAGAAUAUUGAUAAUAAAUUUCAAAUUUCUGUUUGAAAACCUAGAUUUGGUCGAGAAAAUGUAAAUUUGUCAAUAGAGCGCACAUGUGCGGGAAUUUGGGCUUUUGAACCGUUUUUUUUUAGAAAAAGCUCUUUUUUUACGUUUCGUAACGUUUAUAUAGUGUAAUAUUGAUAAUAACUUUUUUUAAUUUCUGUUCGGAAAAAAACUCGAUUUUUGGUCGAAAAAAAUGUAGAUUUGUCAAUAGAGCGCAACUGUAACGACAUCUUGAGCCUUAGGCAAGUUUUGAUGAUUUUUUAGACUGAGAAGCUCUUUUUGCAAAGGAAAACCCUUUUAACAUCUUUUUUGAUUCAUAAAAUAUCUAAACUCAAUCAACAAUUUCGAAAUUCCAGCCCAACAAGCUGUGGGAAGAACUUUUCCUCCGUUCAUUCGCCCAUCGGAUCGAAUCGGAGAUCCAGUCGCCCUCGCCGAUGGAAGCCCACAAGAACCUCGAGAACGAGCUCGAAAAGCUGCGAAUCCAAGGUUCGGGUACGCCUUUUCACGUGUGCUGCACAAUUAUCUGUGCUCCCAAGGCGACGGAAAAUCGCCUUAGGGGCACCUUUUGUCCCGCGUUUCGCCCUAUCAGAAAAAGUGACACAACUAAGCCGCUUGAGAUUUUCGAACAAUGACGUUUGAGGACAUUUCUUACGUUUGGGGCCUAGAUGAGGAAUAAAAGCUUGUUAAAAUAGGGAAAAUAGAGUUUUUAGUGUAGCUUUUGAUAGAAAUGGGGUUGGAAAAAAAGCCAAUUUUAAUAAUUUUUUUUAAAUAUGACCAAUUGAAGGUUGAGAAAAAAAGCUAUAAAAAGGUCUAAAAAUAACGAAUUUAAUUUUACCUGACAAAAAAACUUUUUCAAAAAUCGACAUUUGCAGCUUUUUUUCUGUACUUUUUCCGUACGUUAGAAAACUUAUACUUCUUAUAUUUAGGAUAUUUAUGAGUUUUUUUGUGAAGUUUUUUUAAAGCGCUCCCUAAGUUUUAAGGUAUUCUGUCCAUGGAGCAACUUUGCCGCAAAAAUUUAUUUUAAGCAGAAAUUCAAAAAUAUUAUUUUUUUACUUCAAAUCGUUUAGAAAUACUUACUGUUUCUUAGUCUUCUCAACAAAGUUCUAAACUCUUCUGUAGUUCAAGGCUUUUUUCGAAAAAACCAGUCGCAGCAAUUAUGCUCCAUCGCAAACAACUUCAAUUUCUUUUCGAUUUCUUUGAAACUCUUGACGUCAGCGCCUCAAGUUAAUCGAAUCAAAAAGUUUCCUGAACUGUUUUUUUUUCCUUUCAGAGGUCUGACCUCUGUAUCGCGCAAAAAAGAAAACAGGAAACCCCUGAAGUGACCACUGAGGGAAGUAAGAGAGUUUUGGAAACAAGUUUUCUGAUUUUUUUUUUGAGUUUGUUGAAUGAAAGCUGAUUUUCAGUUGAUUUAUAGCAACUUCUUUUGUCUUCAAAAUUUUUCUUAAGUUUUAAAAUGAUUUAAAAAUCGAUUUUUAAAAGUUUACUUGAACCUAACACGGUUCUUGACCCAAAAGACCAAAAAAAUCAAGUUUUUCCAACUUUUCCUGCUCGAAAAUUACCCAUUUUCCCGGUUUCAGACAAGUCAUUCUACCGCUCGACGUACUCUUUGGUCUCGCCGGCCCGAGUCGAAAGUACCGAUUUCGAGGACCUCGAAGUGAUCCAGCCAAAGUUGGUUUUUCCCCGACUUUCUAUACAAUCAUAUCAGUUUCGAAAUCGCCAAGUUUUGGCUGGGCAAACACGGAAUAAAUGCAUAAAAUAGAUAUCACGCCGUUUUUUUUCCCGAAAAAAAGGGUCAAUAGAACCAUGAGAAUCUUUGAAACAUUUUACUUUUUUCCAGGGGAAUCCGCUCGAAUUCGUCUUCGGAAAGGCCUUGCUCAUUUCUGACUUUCCCGUUCAUCAAGUCGAUCAAGGGGAACAAGAAGAAGAACACCACGGAGCCUUCCAAGAAAUUGUGA